AUGCCCCCGGUAGCCUCAGACGAUCUUCUCAACCUGCAAAACCGGUCUCAAGCCGACCCGAGCCCGCUCCCCGAGGAUCUGAUUACGGUGAACCCGGAGAAUGACCUGGGUGGGAGAAGCAAAAAGAAGGGGAAGAGCGGCAAAGGGAAAAGUAAAGCCGCCAAGGCGGCUGCAAAGCCCCCUCCGGACGACCUGAUCGCAGCCUCGCCCCCGCUGCUGGAGCCGUCGUCAUGUCCAGACCCCCCCUUACACCCCCCUGCAAACAAUCAUCAUAUAAACCAAAUCUCCUCCCCAGUGCUUGAUGCACUAGAAUCGAUGAGGGACACCCCCGAUAACGAUCUUACCUAUCGUACGGAUAAGUGGGCCAGGGCCAUCCCCGUGGGCAAAAGCCCCCCGAACGAUGCCGUGGACGGUGAGAUGCCCAGCGGCUCCCCACUUGGCUUCCUCUCAACGGCGGACAAGGCAGGCUUCAGCAAUCCGUCGUCGGCAUCGCCCCCUGCCCGGACGAGGCCCCUCAGUUACGCGUCAGGCUACUCCAGCAACAACGACUUCUCUCGGCAGCAGUCGGUGGAUCGCCCCAAAAGCUACUACUCUCUAAGCAAUCCCGUCUCCACCCAGAUGCCACCUCCGCCCCACCUACCGCAGCCGCACUUCUAUCGGGCCCCGGAGAUUGAUCUCCCCAUGUUCUCCGGGCAAGGCCGCGCCAUGUCCGACGGUUACUCAUUCUGUGCCUUUGACACCAUCCCCAGUCCGUCGGCCAAACCGUCGCGGAUGGGGGGCAAUGUUCUCCUCGUCGGGUCCGACGGCGUCCUCGAGGUUCUCGCCAUCGAGGACCGCAAGUCCCGCGGCGUGGGCAAGCUGAGCGGCCUCAAUGGUCGGGUGGUGGAUGCGAAAGUCCUACCGGGCGGCUCGUCGGAUGAUCCAGGGGUUCCACCGCGGCCGCAUGUCGUCGUGAUCAUUCACGGGCCCUCGGGCCCCCCAGAUGACGAAAGCCACGCCUCCUCCGCGGCGUCGGAGACACACGAGAUCCCUGCCGCUGGCCGACAGGCAGAUCACCCCCGCGAUGAACCCAAAUUUUACCAAACCCGGGUGGAAGUCUAUUCGCUCCGGACAGGGGACCAUGUCGCCACGCUGUUCACGACCAAGCCCACUCCGUGUCUGGAUAAUCUUCCUGGGCUGCCCGCGUUUGUGCCCCCACCAUCAGGCAAUCUGAAGCUCCUUGCGGGCGAGAGCCACGUCAUCUUAGCAUCGGGCGUCAGUGGGGAGGUCUACAUCUACGCAGCGCAUAGCUACCGGUGCCUGGGGAAGACGUGGACCAGCAUCCAGCCCAAGGAAGCGCGGCGGUACUCGACGUCCUCCAGCUCCACUGACCCGGACGGAUCGCGCACCGACUCGCCCAACGGUCCCGCCAACUUCGAUGGCGCGAUUCUUGCGCUGAAGGGCCGAUGGUUGUCGGUGGUCCCACCGUCGGCGUCGGCCUAUCGUCCAUCCAUCCGCGGGGUGGUCCCCCCGGCUCGUCUGCAGGGGAAAGUCUACGGGAUCGAGACGCAUAGCCCUCCGACAAAGCCAACCGUCAACUGUGACGCGGAUGUCGGGGACGGUGAGAGCCUGUUCGACAAGCUGGCCCGGGGCGUCACGCAGGAGUUUGUCCGCGGCGCGCGGUGGGUCGGCGACCAGUCGCUGCAGGCCUGGAACAAUUACUGGAACAAGGAGCAGCAGGCUGGACCCCCGGCGGCGCGGCGCUCCCCGCACAUGCCCGACCUUCCCCAGCCCGGCUACGGUCUGUUCCCACCCACCCAUGCCCAGGAGACCCCGACCGUGGCCGAGCCGGACCUGGUAUCCAUUGUGGACCUGAAACGGCUCGAGGAUACCGGGGACGCCCGGAACGCACUGCUCAAUCCCCUAGCGACCUUCCCGGUCCCGAACGGAUGCAGUUUCCUAUCGUUCUCCCCCAACGGGCUGAUGCUCCUCACGGCCAGCAAGAAGGGGGAUGUCCAAUACGUCUGGGACCUUCUGCAGGUCAAGAUCUGUCGCGCAGGCGCCUUUUUGACCGACGACGCCCCGCCACCCGGCCCCAAUGUGCGCCAGAUCGCGCGGUAUCCCCGGCUGACCACGUCGCAGAUCGUGGACGUGAUCUGGUACCCGCCGUCCGGGGAACGGCUGGCGGUGAUUACCCGGAAGGGGACGGUCCACGUCUUCGAUCUGCCGCGGAGUGCCUUCCAGUGGCCCCCGUUCCGUCGGGCUCGCCCACCGCCCAGCAAAACCCCCGUCCCCGACCCGGCCACCGACGAACUGGCGGACCGCGCCGCCGGCAAAAACGCGCUGUCUGCGGCGAUCAAACUGGUCGGGGGCAAGACGCAACCCAUCCUGGCCGCCGUCCGCGGUCGGACGCCGUCGGUCGGGGCGGCUUUACCCGCCGUCGGGGGGUUUUCGUCCGCCGCCGGAGUCCGCGGCGGGAAGGUCGUGGCGGCCGGUCUCAGCAAAUCCAUGGGGGCCGCCUCGGGGACCGUCAACACCCUGCGGCACGUGGGCGAAAACCGCCUGCACCUAGCGGGGCUGAGUCGCGAUCCGUCCCCGGGUCGCGUGGUCUGGAUCAACCACCGCGGGCUGCCCUUCUUAGGCUUGGUGGACUAUGGGUUCUUCCGGCUGUAUCGGGUGCGGCGGUCCUUGUCUCCCCAGAAGCCCCGGCACCUCCAAUCAGUGAUCGGCAGCAAGGAGAUCGAGUACCGUCUGCCGCCCACGCUGCAGAGUACGUGCGGCCCCCUGUCGAUUCGGACCUUUCCUCCGGGGCCCGUCGCCUGCGCUCCGUUGGCUUUGCCGUCGGCGAAUUCCCGGCCGUCGCCGGCGAGCAAGUCGAAGUGCCAGCCCCUCUCCCAGGCGGAGAUUGAGACCAACGCGCCGUAUCAGCCGUUCCACACCGAUCAGCGCGUGAGCCUCUACAUCUACACCGAGACGGCCGAGACAGACGAGCCUCUGGUCCCCACGGGGCAGUGGGUCUUUGGCGACGAUAUGGCGACGUCCAAGCUGCACGUGCGACCCUUCAGCUCCGGUGGCGACGAGGAGGCGGACGACGAGGGCGACGUGAUGCACGGGCAGCGCCCCGGCUUGGGCAGCGGGAUGGAGAACCACAUCCGUCUGGGCAAUAGCACCGGCCACGGCGAAGAGGUGGUCAUCACCACGCGCCGGAAGAAGAAGCGCUUCCCCUCGACGACGUCGGGCGCGGACGAAGGGUUCUUCGAAGACGACUGCGACGUGGUAGACUGGCCCGAGAACCGUGUAUAA